UCAGCCAGUCAAGCGUCACUCUGACUGCACUACGUCAGUCGCGAGGAGAGUUAACGGGCGCGAGGCUGUUCGUCGGUCCGUUUCGGGACGGUUUGUUCUUCGUAACCUUCGGCCGUUCGCACGCGCUCCAGCGCACCAUGUUUCUGCCCCCGAUGGAGGACCACACGCGCCUCAAGCCGAGUCGCGAGCGCUUCUACAGCACGCGCUGCUGCGGCUGCUGCCAUGUCCGCACGGGCACCAUCAUCCUGGGCACCUGGUACAUGGUAGUGAACCUGUUGAUGGGCAUCUUGUUGACGGUGGCCGUGACCCACCCAGACAACGUGCCCACUGUGGACCUUCAGUACGAAGUCAUCGAGCAUUACUUUGCCUCCGACAGAAUGGCAGAAAACGCCUGUGUGGGCUUCGCCAUCUCCCUGCUCAUGUUCACGAUCAGUGCCAUGAUGGUGUACGGUGCCAUCACGCAUCGGGACGGCUGGCUCAUUCCUUUCUUCUGCUACCAGCUGUUUGACUUUGCUCUCGGUUGCCUGGUCGCCAUCAGCUCCCUCACCUACCUGCCUCGCAUCAAGGACUAUCUGGACCAGCUGCCUGACUUCCCGUAUAAGGACAACCUGCUGUCACUGGACUCCAGCUGUCUGCUGCUUAUCGUCCUCAUCUUCUUCGCUUUCCUCAUCUUCCUCAAGGCCUAUCUCAUCAGCUGUGUGUGGAACUGCUACAAGUACAUCAACAGCAGGAACCUCCCCGAGAUCGCCGUGUACCCUGCCUUCGAGGCCCCUCCGCAGUACGUCCUGCCCACCUACGAGAUGGCCGUGAAGAUGCCCGAGAAGGAGCCGCCUCCUCCCUACAUGCCAGCUUGAAGCCCCUCCCCCCACCUGUACAUAGUCGCAACAAGCUUGCUUUUUAACCUCGCAGUUCCUUUGUAGAGACAAGGACAUCCAGUGACACCUGUGAACUCUGCAGCCUUGCACCUGAACGAGUGGAUGGGUGGGACCAGCAGGGUGGGCGGGGCUACCCCGUACCUGAUGCGUCCCUGUCGCAGCUGGUGAAACUAAAGUAAACUGAGAGUGCGCUUCUGCUCUUCUGUUUCUGUGCUCUGACUCCUCCUGUUGUCUUGGAAAGAAGAAGCUGGCAUCAUUAACAUUGCCGGAAUGCUGAUGACUCUAUUUUUAGUACAAUCUUUCCUGUCAGAUGAAUAUUUAUAGGUAUUUAAAUGAAACCUCUUAGACAAUCUGUCCUCCUCCACACACACACACACACACCUUGAGCUUUUCCACACUACUAACUUUGCUGGUUUUUUUAAAUGAUGUGUUUAGAUUUUAUGAGCGUGCGAUAUCGUGGGGGAGCCUGUCUUAUUGUUUCUGUGUGCGUGUGGGGGGGAGGGGGGGCUGUGUGUGUGCGUACAUGCCUGCUGCCUGUGGCUGUGAGGCAUUUGGAGCUGUGCACUGUUCUGCCUGCAGUGUGUGGUGUUGCAGUGGUAUUGUACCAUGAGUGGGUGCAUGUAUCUCUGUUCAUAAUUUUCAUUUUUGUGGACAUGGCUUCAAUAAACAUUAGAACUUUGU